AUGUCCAAGUACGGAACUAUCCCCGCCGCCUCCUCCACCCCGCCGGCGCCGCCCGAGGGCUCAUGCACGGUGCCCGACUCCACCUCCCGCGCCGAGCGCCCCGGCCGCCGCGCCUCUGCGGCGUUUGCGGCGCUCCGUCCGUGGCGCGAGCUCACGGACCCGCGCGCGCUCUCCGUCCCAGCGGGUCGCUCCGACGCCCGGCGCCGCGCGCGCGCCAACCUCGCGCGCUUCGCCGCGAACUACAAGCUCACCUUCCUCGCCGUCGUCUCGGUCUCCCUGCUCUGGCAGUGGCGGCGGUGGCGGUCCAUCUGCCUGCCCGCCCUCUACCUCAGCGUCUGCUUGAACUACCUGUCGAGCAAGGCCUUCCCCCUUUUUUUGAUUCUCGCGCUCUUCCAGCUGGUGGUCACCGGCUCCGCGGCGAGCGUGCUCGUCGCGCUGCCCGUGGGGCUCCUGCUCGUCGGCGCCCACGCCGUGCUGCACUACUGCCCCGCGGAGGAUGGCACCGUCGACGAGGAGGUUGGGUCAAUUGUUUGGCACCGCGGGAUAGCACCGUGCGACGCGCCCACCGCCGUCAGUCAACAAACUAGCGUGGGGUGCUCCUAA